AUGUCCCUCGGGCGUUAUCCUCAAGUUCAACGGCCUCACCAUCUCCAAGGCCUGAGAACCUUCUACGCUCGGGGAUAUGGGCUCCUCACCCUGAAAGAUUCCCUUUCCGCCUACUGCCGAGAAAUCGAGCCAUGGUUCCACGUUAUUUCCAUUCCCAGGUUGCAGAGCCAACUCCCACAAACAUGGGAGGAAGUUUCGGUAGAUGUCGUAUUACUCUGCCUUUCGAUCGCCCUUCUCACAACACCUCCGCCUUCGCCUUCAUCUCCAGUGGCAGAAAAUGGCGAUGGCAACGGCAAUGGUCCCUGGGGAUUCCAGACCCUCUACUGCCAGGUGAAAAACUGGAUAUCGUCGACCGAAGCGCUGGGGCUCAAUUCUUGUCAGCUGGUCCAAGCAAGGAUUUUGGUGACUCUCUAUGAAGUGGCACAUGGGCUCUACCCAGCAGCUUAUAUCUCAAUUGGAGCUACUGUCAACGCAGCAGAUGCGCUUACAGUCCACCCAGGAGCAGGAGCAGCGGCUCAAUAUCCUCACGCUCCGGGUACAGAUGAUGAGACCAAGCGAGAAGAUGGUGUGUUGAUCUGGGGUGGAAUCCUGAUCUUGGAUAGAUACAUAGCCGUAGAUUCAGGCCCUCAUCCCUCGCUCACCCGUUCCCGAUCACAGGCCAUCCACGACCUUCUCAAGCCAACUUUGUGCCCGACGCACUGGCACGGCCAGGAUCCAACAGAUCCCAUUUGCCGCCUCGCUCGUCUCGUCGAAGCCUCCUUCCUCCUUGACAAGACCCAUUCCAUCCUGAACAGCCCCACCGCAGAGCACACCAUCAACAUAGAAGAGUUGAUUUUGACCGUGCAGACAAUCAUCAAUCUCCAAACGAUUCUGGGCGAGGAGGUCAAGGACGGAGUCCACCUCUAUGCCGGGGGGCUAAGUCUUUGCAAUGCUGCCCUUCUCCUGGCCUUCGAAAACGGCACCAGGGUCCCUCCUAUCGCCGGUUCAACUGAGAAUUGCAAUUCCAUGGCCACAGAAUCUCUAGCCUCGGUCCUCUCCACCAUCACCAGUACAGUUGAACUGUUCACGCUGGGGACGCAAUCCGUUGAAUUCAACGUGCUCCGAGUCCCACCGUUCGUCACGUUUCUGGUCUAUAAAGCAGCAGCGAUAGUAACGAAGAGACUAUUGGUGGAUACCAGCAGUAGUGGUUCGGACGAGGAACUGGGAAAGCUGAGGCUCCUGAGAAAUUUCCUGAAGAUCAUGGGAGCGCGGUGGUUGGGCUGUGGUAAGUAA